UGUUUGUUGAAACCCAACCGGAUGGAGGGUCGUUAUUAUCGCUGCUGGACGGUGAUAGUCAAGAACACACGUGGGAAGACAGGUCCAGUGCCUGGGAGGCAACGUGUUCAAAUCCAUAGUCCUCGCGGUGAACCCUAUGGAAGGUUUGUAAAUGCAGGUGUCAGACGCUGUGUCGUGUUGCGUUUUGCCCCUGUGAUGGAUCGUUUGCAGCAAGCCUCGCCGUUGGGUUUUGGCAUAGAGAGCUUGAGUGUCCUGCGGUCACGGAGCAGCUACGCCGCGGAGCUCAGCCAGCUCCAGAGAGCCCGCGGGGUCAAACCCCGGGUGGGGCGAGGGCCUGGCAGACGGGGCAGAGACAGAACAGUCCUGGCGGCAGAGGCGGAAGAUCUGGCUUUCACAACCGUGGCUGCCUUGCUGUCAGUGGGAAGCCGUAGGCAGAUCCGAGAUGACUGUGGGUUUGGAAGUGCAGCGAUAUGCAUCCAGCCCAAAUUUCUACAAGUCUGUUACCAAGUGACAGUGUAUACUGCCGUGCAACAAAAGUUUGCUUCAAAUGACCUUGAAGGAAGUUGGACCGUCUCCCGUGUCAGCCAUGAACAGAUGGAAAUAUGUGUGCAGACGGCAAGAGAAUUUAUUUUGAAAGCUCUUGAAAAAUCAUGUCUCCUACCGGUGUCAGAACAAGUAUCGUUGGAAGUACACACUCUCGGGCUGACAUAA